AUGGAAUCUAACUGUUUCAACAAAUGUAUUUUGACAUGGGAGUCAUUUCUAACCCACUGUGACAUCAAGCCCCAGAACCUCCUCCUCGACAAGGACGGCAAUCUCAAGAUCUCCGAUUUCGGCCUCUCCGCGCUGCCGGAGCAGAUCCGGAACGGCCUCCUCCACACCGCGUGCGGUACUCCGGCCUACACCGCCCCGGAGGUGAUGAUCAGAAAAGGCUACGACGGCGCCAAGGCCGACGCGUGGUCUUGCGGCGUCAUCCUCUUCGCCUUCGUCGCAGGGUACCUCCCAUUCGACGACAACAAUAUAUCAAACAUGUACCGUGCAAUACGAAGCCGCGCGUUUCAGUUCCCGGAUUGGAUCACAAAGUCCACCCGGAGCAUAAUUUUCCGGCUGCUCGAUCCCAAUCCGGUAACCAGAAUGUCCAUCGAGGAACUAAUGAAGCUCCCGUGUUUGACAGACGAACAUCAAUUCGGGAACCAAGAGUUCGACAAAGAUUGCAAACACUUAACCAAAAUGAACGCAUUCGAUAUCAUUUCAAUGUCUCCCGGGUUGGAUCUAUCAGGGCUAUUCCAGGAGGGAUUGAACAAGAAAGAAAUGAGAUUCACCACAAAUUCCGAGGUAGGAGAGGUUGAGGAGAAGGUAAAGAAGAUCGGGAGUGAAGCAGGGUAUAGGGUGGAGAGGGGAAAGGGAGGGGGAAUCAGACUGGUAAAAGCAAGAGUAACGUUAAUGGUGGAAAUUCUUCAAGUGGCGCCGGAGCUAUGGCUGGUGGAGAUAAAGGUCGUCAAUGGAGAAAUGGAAUUCGAGGACAAACAGUGGGUUAGAAAUGACUAG